GCGAAGAGGAAGUCUAAACCUUCUACAGAUUUGGGGCUAUGAAAGGAGCAUCUCUGAAGAAACUUUGUAGUGCACAAAAGCUGCCACAGGGCUGGGUAAAAGGCCAAACAAGAGGAACCCACACAUGCGAAGUCAUGAAACUGUGACCACAGCAAGAGCCAGGAAAGCCAGGGGGUGCGGGUUAACCAAAGCACCCAUGCAAACACCAGGGUAUUUAUGGAGUGCAACAACUAUUCCUAAAUUCAAUUAAAAUAUGAUGUCUGGAAAUCACCACCCUGAAGAAUACAGGAUUGCAUCACUGGUCUUCUACAGUUUUGUAUUUACAGUGGGAUUGUUGGUGAAUGCCACUGCACUAUGGGUUUUCAGCUGCACUACCAAGAAGAGAACAACUAUAACUGUAUAUAUGAUGAAUGUGGCGUUACUUGACAUAAUUUUUAUAUUUUCCUUGCCUUUUCGGAUAAUCUACCAUGGGAAAGAAAUGUGGCCUUUCGGAGAUACAUUCUGUCGGAUUAUCAGUGCUUUCACUAUAUUUUAUCCAGCCAUUGCUCUGUGGUUGCUCACUUUUAUAAGUGUAGACAGAUUUAUGGCUAUUGUCCAGCCCAAACAUGUCAAAGAACUAAAAAAUACAAAAAAAGCUGUGCUGGCCUGCACUGGAAUCUGGGUAAUGACCCUCGCAACGACGUCUCCAUUGCUGUUUUUACAAUCUGAUCCAGACAAAGCCUCGAAUUUCACCACCUGCGUAAAAAUGCUUGAUAUCAUCCAUUUAAAGGAAGUGAAUACACUGAACUUUUCUCGCUUGAUUUUUUUCUUUUUGAUCCCCUUGUUUAUCAUGAUGGGGUGUUACCUAGUCAUUAUUUACAAUUUUAUCCGUGGCAAGACUUCCAAACUGAAGCCUAAGGCCAAGGAGAGAUCCAUAAGAAUUAUAGUUACUCUGAUUGCUCAAGUACUCAUCUGCUUUGUACCCUUCCACAUUUGCUUCGCCUGCCUGAUGUUGCAGGAUGAAGACACAACUUACAAUCCCUGGGCAGCCUUUACAACCUUUCUCAUGAAUCUCAGUACGUGCUUGGACGUUAUACUGUACUACAUUGUUUCUAAACAAUUUCAGGCAAGAGUCAUCAGCGUAAUCCUUUAUCGCAAUUACCUUCGAAGCGUGCGCAGGAAAAGUUUUCGAACUGGAAGUGUAAGAUCACUCAAUAAUAUGAACAGUGAAAUGAUAUAAAAAGAGAAAAAAAAUGUCAGGGGACUUUUAUAAUGUAAACAAAUGAUUCCUUUUCCAAAUUCUAGCAUUUUGACUGAAGAAUGUCCUAUAGCCAGAAGUAACAGAUGUAUUUGUUGCACUGUAAAUAUGAGAAGCAGAAUAAUUGUACCUCUUUAUAUCUGCUCAACAGCUUUUGUAAAUCUGAAAUGAACCUACAGUGUUAAACUUUCCAAUGCUUUUGUCAUCUCAAAAGAUUGUGAAUUUUGUCAGACAUGAAAAAGUGAUUAUUAGUAUAAUAAAGCAGACAACA